AUGUCUCAGCUUGAUCCACUACCUAAGGAGCUGCCCUUUCGUAUCAUAUCCAAGACCGUCGGCCGCGGUGCCUAUGCUUCGAUAAAAAAGGCAAUCCCAUUAGACUCUCAAAGUCCGGUAUUCGCCGUCAAGCUCAUACACAAGGGGUACGCCACUAAGCAUGGCCGCAUCUCCGCGAAGCAGCUUGCCAUGGAAGUCUCCCUUCACUCCCACAUCGGCCAGCAUCCCAACAUCAUCGAGUGGUUUGCCUCGGGAGAGGAUGCUGUGUGGCGAUGGAUAGCCAUGGAGUAUGCCGAAGGCGGUGACCUGUUCGACAAGAUUGAGGCAGACGUCGGCGUGAGAGAGGACAUUGCCCAGCUCUACUUCCUGCAGCUGGUGGGUGGCGUGAGCUUCAUGCACUCCAAGGGCGUGGCACAUCGGGAUCUCAAGCCGGAAAACAUCCUCCUGUCGCAAGACGGGAGCUUGAAGUUGGCCGACUUCGGAAUGGCCACCAUGUUUGAGUACAAGGGCCAGCGCAAGGCCAGCUCAACGCUCUGUGGCAGCCCACCAUAUAUUGCUCCAGAGAUUCUCGCCUGUGGCAAGGUGGACAAGAGGGCCCCUAGUACUGCCAAGUAUGACCCAGACCUCGUCGACAUCUGGUCCUGCGGAGUCAUCCUGUUUGUUUUGCUCGUCGGCAACACGCCGUGGGAUGAGCCGUCCUCGACAAGCUGGGAGUAUGGCGAGUACGUCAAGACGUCGGGGAAGAGCUCAGAUCCCCUGUGGGGGAGAAUACCCCCGGAAGCACUCUCCCUUCUCCGGGGCAUGAUGUCCGUCGAUCCGCAAAAACGCUUCACAUUUGCUCAGAUCCGGCAGCAUCCUUGGUACACGCGCCACAACCCUCUGCUCACUGCCGAUGGCAGGAUAUCUGAUCCGAUAGUCCUUGCCACCCAGAUGCUAGAAAACCUGCGUGUCGACCUCGGCAAGAUACCUCAGACCACAUUGGCCUACCCGCCAGCUUCUCACGAUCCCACAGUGGACUCCGGACUCAACGCCGGCCGGUUCUCGUCCACCCAGCCCGAAGCCCCCGUAACUCCCAUCACCGACAUCGACUGGGACUGGGAAGCACCCGUCCUCCGCUCCAGGGCUCAGCCGUCGUCUCUUCCCCCCGGGACUUCCGGCCAUCGUCGGAUGCUCUUCGACACCCUUGCUGAUGAGCCAACAAUGUCACAGUUCUCGCAGAUGCCGGGCCCGUCCAUGACGCUCACGCAGCAAGCUCGGCGGUUCCGCGACAUUUGCCCUCCCGAAUCGCUCACCCGCUUCUUCUCGCACGUUCCCGCCACGCACAUCGUCCAGAUGCUCAGCGACGCGCUGCAUCAGCUCAACGUGCCCCUGGCGCCCGUCACGCCGAACCCAUACGGCAGCCCUAUAGUGACCCUCAAAGUCCGCGCCAUCGACGGCCGCCGGCAGAGCCUGCACGGGGAAAUCUGCGUGGACAAGCAGCCGCUCCCAGAUGGCUUCGAGGUGCUGGACAUUCGGUUCGUCAAGGUCAAGGGGGAUCCGCUCGAGUGGCGGCGGUUCUUCAAAAAGGUUGUGGUGCUCUGCAAGGAUGGCGUCUAUGUCCCGGAAGCUUAGGGGAGGACGGGGC